UGUGAGAGAGAGAGUGAGCGAGAGUGCGGGCGAGGGAAGGAGAGAUAGAGCGGCAGAAGGAGGGGGAGAGUCAGAGUGCGAGAGAGUCGUUUCUGCCCUCUACAUAGCGCUGCCUGUAUGCACGCGCUUGUCUUUCCCUGUGUUCUCUCUCUCUCUCUCACUCAUACACGCACACGGGAACACGCAGACCAGGACACACAGACCGAGGGAGGGAAAGUGAGAGAGUGAGAGAGAGAACACAUCGCAGCCGAGAUGCAGCAGAAGGUUUUCCGAGGAUUAAGAGCGGGGUCAUGGUGUUGGGAGAGGAUGGCUGGGACCCUCUCCACAACUGCACUGCACUCUUGGAGCUGAAUGUGCAAUGCAUGGCAAUCCCCGUCCUGUUUUUUACCAAGAUAAUCAAAGAUGCACAAUGUUACCUACAUCUAGGAGUCGUCAUCUCUGGACUUGACCUCCAUGAACUUCCAUCUUCUUGAUCUGAAAUUUCUGUUCUCCACCAUCCUUCAAUCGACAACUUCUGCACUGAAGAUAUAGCUAGAACAGACACUCUUUAAAGUAUUUUCCUGGAUCUUGCUGGACUACGGAUACACUUUGACUGUCUAGUGCUCUGUUUUUGGCCAACGAUAGCCUUGGAGAACAUCUUAGAGGACUUGUACAAGGAUCCAAUGAAACACAGAAAUAAACACAUGAGAGGAGACAGGAUGGGAGAGGGCACAGAGGAGGCAGAUAGUGCCAAAACUACGAGGAUAUCGCUCAGUUUUCCCCUCAGCGCUGGCUUUUCUGCACAGAAGCACUGCUCCUCAUCCCACCCCACUUCCUCCUCUGACGUCCAUGACAGAGACAGCUCAGAUGGCACGGCAUGGAAGGGGGAAGCAUUCAGAGACAAACAGCUAUCCAAAACGUCAUCAAAAACUGACCGCCUGCCAUGCUCUUCCUCCUCCUUCCCAGUCGAUCUAACUGCUCCAGUUAGUAAGAACUGCAAGUCAUCUCUGUCAUUUUCUGUUGAUGGUAGUGGUUCCCGAUACCAAACAUCUCCCUUACAACAUACUAAUAAAAUGGACUGUUCAAAAGAGACAGCUGGGGUUAGUCUCAAUAAUGGGUACAAAGAGCAUUCAACAACAGAAACAGCACACAUCCUUUUCAACCUCAGUGCAAGAGCCUACCAGGACCAAGGUGUAAAGAAUCCAGAGAGUUCAAAAGGCAAAAAACGCAAGGCAAACAGUCUCCAUGUUGAACUAAGCCUUCCUCUCCCUAGCAUCAACCCUCACUCAUCCUCAUCAACCCCUCCUCCACCCACUUCGCCCUCGUCUGUCUCUCUAACUUCCUCCCCCUUGACUAUCCCCAAGCCAUCUUUCCAUGAAUCCUUUAGGGCAGUGCCGAAGCCAGAACUACUGUGUGGGGUGUGCCACCGUCUGUUCAGCACUGCCUCGUCCCUCACUGUCCACAUGCGUCUCCAUCGGGGGGGACGAGUACUCAGCUGCCGUCACUGUGGCAAAGCCUUCAUCCAUAAUAAAAGACUGCAAUCCCAUGAGGCCACCUGCAGGCAAGGGGCCAGCUUUUCCAGUGCCACCCAAAGAAGAGCCCCUGGAGGAGGGUGAAGUGGAGGGGGAGAGAGCAGAUGAGGCUGCAGAGCCAGAACAGCUUGGACAAGAAACAAGGCCUGGCCGACCCAUAAAGAAAGUGCGAGACUUUCAUGCCCGUCAUGCUGGAACACUGACUUGCGGGGAUGCCCUGGGGGAAGAGGAUCACUUUGUAAAAGUGGUGGAUGGACAUAUCAUUUACUUUUGCUCCGUGUGCGAGCGCUCUUACAUGAC